AGACAAGCUGUGCCCUGCUCUGAUUCCCAAACCUGUGAGCAAAUGGAUUGCUUUGAGAAUGGAAAGAUUUGUACUCAAACAGGCUCCCAGCAGCACAGGGAGAGCAGUGGCUGUCAGGUGGCUGAGGCUGGCAGACCUGGCAGACGUCUCCGGAGGAAGAGAAGAUUGCCUUUGGAUUCGGAGGAUGAGGAGGAAAAUGCAUAUGAGGAUGAGGAGAAGAAUAAAUCAAAUAAUAUGAAAAGCCGCAGAAACACUAAACCAAUAAAACAAGUGCUUCCUGGAAAGAAGAAGGUAUGGAACUGGUCUUCCUACUUGGAAGAGGAACAGAUGCCAGCUGCUUCCCUAAAGCUGUUCAGAGAGUAUCAGUCAUUCCCGCAAGGCCGAAAUGGAUUUAAAGUUGGAAUGAAAUUGGAAGGGGUGGAUCCUGAACACCCCUCUCGAUUCUGUGUUCUCACAGUUGCUGAGGUCCAGGGGUACAGGAUGCGACUGCACUUCGAUGGUUACCCAGAGUGCUACGACUUCUGGGCUAAUGCUGAUUCCUCAGACAUCCACCCUGUGGGCUGGUGUGAAAAAACAAGCCAUAAGCUGCUCCCUCCUAAAGGUUUCAAGGAGGGAGAAUUUAAUUGGACUUCCUAUCUGAAGAGCUGCAAAGCUCAAGCAGCUCCAAAAAGCCUUUUUAAGACCCUCAGCAGUCCUGUCACACCUUCUGGGUUUCGUCUGGGAAUGAAACUGGAGGCAGUGGACAAGAAGAACCCAUCCAUGGUUUGUGUCGCCACCAUCACAGACAUGGUGGAAAACCGGCUGCUGAUCCAUUUCGAUAACUGGGAUGAGAGCUAUGACUACUGGUGUGAAACAAGCAGCCCAUAUAUCCGUCCUGUUGGCUACUGCCAAGAAACUGGAACCCCACUGACAACACCACCUGGACACAGGGAUUCCAAAGCCUUCUCAUGGGAGAAAUACUUGGAAGAAACUAAUUCCCAAGCAGCUCCUGCAAGAGCCUUUAAAUUGCGUCCUCCUCACGGAUUCCAGGUUAAUACCAAGUUAGAGGCUGUGGACAGACGAAAUCCCAUCUUGAUAAGAGUGGCAACAAUCACUGACAGAGACAACCACCGUGUUAAGAUACAUUUUGAUGGCUGGGACCAUCACUACGAUUUCUGGGUGGAUGCAGACAGCCCUGACAUCCAUCCUGUAGGCUGGUGUGACAAAACUGGACACGCUCUGCAAGUUCCUCUAGGUGCUGAAGAUGCAGAGGGAGCAGUGGGGCAGGCGUGUCCCACUCCAGGCUGCCAGGGCAUCGGGCACGUGCGGGGCCCCCGCUACGGAACACAUUACACCUUAGUUGGCUGCCCAUACUCUGAUGUGAACCUGAGCAGAGAAAACCUCUUACAGGACCGGCUGAGUGGGGAGAGACCUUCCCCUGGGAGCAUCCUGCAGAAAGCCAGGAGGCUGGAGACCCCUGGCCCACUGCAGGCAGCAAGGGAGGCUUCUCAGGACGACUCCUCACAAUCCAGAAAAUCUGCACCAGACAGUGAGAAGUGGUGUCACAGCAGCAUCCACACUCCAUCAGAGCAAUCAGAAGACAGUCGGGAGCGAGGCUGGGGAGAGGAGGAUUCCUCUGCAGCCAUCAAAGCCGCACCAAAAACGCUCGGGUGCUCACAUGCCUAUAUCAAGUUUCAGCUGGUGAAACAGGAAAGCAAUGGGAAAGGCCCUGAUUUGGAUCUCCAGCAGGCCCUCCACCAGUCUAUCUUCAUGCCUUCCCUGGCCUCUAACCCGAGCCAUCGCCUCCACCUCUUCUGGGAGCAGCACUGCAGGCUCUUGCCGGAGGUCUCAGGCCUGACAGCCAAACAAGUUGCCAAAUGGACUGUGGAGGAGGUGGUGAGUUUUAUCCAGCGUUUGCCUGGCUGCAAAGAGCAAGCAUCUGUGUUCAGGGAAGAGCAGAUUGAUGGCGAGGCCUUCCUGCUCCUCAAGCAGAAUGACAUCGUUAAAAUACUCAGCAUCAAACUGGGCCCUGCCCUGAAGAUCUACAAUGCCAUCCUCAUGUUCAAGUCUGCAGAAGAUAACUGAGAAAAGGCCUUUGGCAGAUCCAGGAGGAAUUGACAGGGAAUGGAUCUUCAGCUGUGAGCAUUACAACACACCAGACAGGUGGAUUGGGACUCUGAUGCAUUUUAAGUAGAAUUUAGGAAAAAUGGUUUGAGGUUAUAAAAAUCCUGCCACAGUCUGGAAUAUGGGGCAGCUUCACUUCCAAGAAGAGGAUAUUAUUAUAUUUUGUAAUUGAAUUGGUUUUGAUAUAUCAAUCUCUUUUUGAGAUCAAGAAGAAACCUCCAGUUCUAAGGGGAAUCCAGGGUAGCACUGGUGGAGCCGCAGGAGCAAGAAGAAAGUUUUGAGUAAAACUGGCUUUGUGUCCAGUGAUAGUGCCUGAAAAACUGAGUGAUCACCAGCGAGAUUAAUGUGUUUUGUGUAAUAAAAGAGAGAGGAAAAAGAUGCACUUCAAAGCAAUUCCCCCGUAUCCUUCACUGCUGUGACUCAGGAGCUGACCUUUUCAGGACUGAUUGUUAAAUUCCCGUUUUUCAUACUGAUCCUGGUUGUUGUGAUGCCCUUGGCUGCCGGGCAGCUUCCACCCCAGCAGGAAGGGAGCAUGGGCAGCGGGUUUCCAUCAGGGAUGGCUUGCUCUGGUUCUGCCAGCAAGCAAAAUGUCCUCAUUCCUGUCAUUCCCUGUCAGGAGGCAAGGGCAGUGCAGGUGGCCUUUGGGUAGGCAAAGAUCCCAUAAGGGCAUCUGCUGCUGGAGACAGAGGGAUGUGUUUUAGCUGUAAUUCUCCCAUCAGUGCUUUUGUGCAGCUCCUUCUGCACCAGGAACACUUGGCAAAAUGGCACCAUCAAGAGCGCUUGGGGAUUGGUGUGUGUUUGUUCUUGCCCUCUCCACUGUCAGCCAAAUGCUAAGAAUGGGAGUUGGAAAGCCAGCAGUGGCCAGACUGUGUGUGCAAACAGAUUCCCUAGAAACAAAUGGCUUUUCUUUUGAACCAUCCCAACUGAUGAAUGUGAAGUGCUUUGGCCUUUGCCCCUUGAGGUGGACUUGGAUGUGUUGUGCCAGAGAGCUGGAGGGCAGGGGAGCAGCUCCUCUGCCUCUGGGAGCAGGCAGAGCACACAGGGAUGUGAGACUGGAGAGGAGUCAGGACUUAAACAGCAAAAUGAGGGAACUUCCCAAAGGAAAGAGAGCUGCUGUGUGGGGGAAAAGGAGUGGACUUGGGGCUGUGUUCCUGCACAUGCAGCCUGUGCUCUCCUGGCUGGGAGCAGGGGGGUUCCUGCUGCAGCAGAGGCCGUGUAAGGAGCAUCCCAUGGGCAUUGGGCUGGAGGUUUCCCCACGGGCACUUCCCGAGUUCUCCUCUCCCCGUGGCAGGGUGUGAGUCCUGCUGGGCUGUGUGCCCUGUUCAGGGUGUGAGUCCUGCUGGGCUCUGAGCCCUGUUCAGGGUGUGAGUCCUGCUGGGCUCUGAGCCCUGUUCAGGGUGUGAGUCCUGCUGGGCUCUGAGCCCUGUUCAG